AUGGAGACGACUACAGCAGGUGAAGAAUUCUCUUUUUCAUCUACGGAAUUCCAACAACCAACAACAUCGAGUUCCGGGGGAGAAACUAUGAAUUCGACUCCAUACGAUGAAGUUACAUCACGAGUUUCUGACAUGCUGGAGAGUAACACAUCAACUCAAGUAAUCACGACAUCUGAUACGGAAGUUAUGGAAACAACAACUUCUAGUGUGAUUGAAGAAACCACAAAUGAAUACUCUUCUUCGCAAUAUUGGUCUGCAUCAAAUGAUGCGACUGGGUUCUCUUAUGUCACAAUGGCAAGAAGUGAUACUACAAAUCAGAUUUCGUCUUCUACUGGCUUACAGUCGGAUACGUCUACAAUUUUUGAGACUUCCUCAGCUCUUCCAACUGCUCAAACAUUCCCUUCUUCAUCGGAACCAAUAGUAAGCUCUUCGAUCUCGCCAUCAACAGCUGACGGUACUGAGGAUCUCUCCACUACGUUGGCGACUUCAGAAACAAAUAGCUUCACCUUCUUCUCAUUGGCUUCUACGGGGUCUGAAGCUAUCACGACGGAAAAAUCUUCAACACUAGAAUUUGUAUCGACUAAUUCGGAAACAGUUAGCCCAAUUACAUUUUCAUCCACUGAAUUCUCAGAGUAUGAACCUACUACAACUGAGAUGACGCUUUCAGCAACAACACAUGUGACGCCAAUUCCAGACACAGAAGAUCCGAUUGCUUCCUCAUCAACUUUCUCAGAGUCUGAAGCUAGUACGAUCGAAAAAAUAAUAGAAUCUUCAACACUUGCGUCAGCAACUACAAAGACAGACAGAGUAAUAGACACAGAGAGCGCAGUCACUAUACUAUCAACUUUCUCUGAAUCUCAAGCUACUGUAACAUCUUCAACCGCUAUUUCUGACACGGAGGGCCCUAUUUCAUCUUCAUCCGCCUCUUCGGAGUCUGAAACUGAAACAUCUGAAGCAAAGCCUUUGACUUCAACCGCUGAAUCAGCAACUUCGACAGAAAGCACUAUCAUUCUCUCAUCAGCAUCCUCCGUGCCAGGAUCUACUACGUUAUGGCCCACCAUUGUAUCUUCCCUCUCAACACUUUCGCAAACAAGUGAUGCUCCAAUCACGGAACCCCAGCAAGAAACACUACGUCCAACUCUCGCUUCGACAGCAGAAGUCACCGCUAUUAGUGAGCUUACGUCACUUUUGACUUCUACUCAGCUGCAGACGGAACCAGCUACAGCACCUGUGAGCAGCAAUGAUUAUACUGUAAGUUUGGAAAUAAGAUAA